AUGGCAGAAGGAGAUCCAUCAUACAUAGACUAUGAGGCUUUCUUAGACCCGGAAUUCUCGCCGACUUCAUUUGCCAAUACAUUGGUGACAAGCACAAACAAUGCAACAGAUACCCCGUUGGAUUUAUCAACACCAUUGUCACGGGUACUCUUUGAUCUUCAGGAGAUCGAUACACACAUCCAUGCAUUGACAACCAAAUCAGCUCUCCCAUUGCUUUCACACACCCAAAGCCAAACUAAAGCUGCUGAUAAUAUCUUGAAGGAAUCAGGGACACAGAUUGCCUCUGUGACUCAAGGGUACGAGCGCCUCCAAAAAGAGGUUAUACAAAAAUGGCAAGCAGCCGAGGAAGCCCGUAUUGCUGCUGAAAACUCCCUUGAAACUGUCCGCCUAGCAAGGGCGGUUGCGCGCUGCUUAACCCUGGGUAGACAGUUAGAGAGCCAGGUAUCUGAAAUUACAGGUCGAGGUGCAACAGGGCCGGCCCUCCCAGCCGGACCAGAUGGACCAGCAUCACCGUCAACUGGAAAAGAUGGCUUCCGCGCACUUGAACGAGCAGCGUACACGAUUUUGAACCUGCGCGAAAUGUUCUCGGCCACGACCCAGGGCGAAGAAGGCUAUGGGUUGGAUCGGGUGAAGGUCACUCGCACUCUGCGCGGAGAAUUCGUCAUCCCCGCAGAGAACAUGGUCAAGUCGAGAGCGCAACAGACCAUUAACAGAUUCACUUUGUCCUCAAACUCGGCAAGCGCCAAUGGCCAGUCAUCCAUUCCAUCUGGAUAUAAGCAAGCCCGCGAUGCCCGAGCACGUCUCGCAACCGCCGCCACAACUCUAUAUCUUCUUUCGCCUGCACCAAAGGGCGAAACCACAGCAGCCAACUACAAACCCGAAUUAUUGUUGUCAACAUUACAAGGCUUCAUGCACACAGCGAUCAUGACAUCCGUAAAUUCUCUCGCCCGGGCUCUUACCCAGCUGCCAACCAUGGACCGAGCCCUCGCCGACAUCUCCGCCCGAUGCCAGGAUAUAGUCGCCUUGGAGAACAUUCUCAGAAACCUCCGCCCACCACCGCACCCUCUCUUGGCCUCCGCAAUCGACGAACCUGCCGAAGCCCAAGCAGCAGCCUCAAACAAACCUAAUCUCCUGCAGCCUCUUCUCCAGGCUUUGGACACCACUUCACUUCCUUCCUACUACUGGCGCUCCCUCGCCUCAUCUCUCGCACCGCGUGUCCAGGAAACCGUCAACCGAGGCGGUGUCUCUGCUCGUACAUUGCGGUCCAACCGUGAUCGACUAAGAGUCGAGAUCAAAGAGUGUGUGCUCCGUGCAUCGCAGGUAUCUGCUACCAGCCUGCUAGCUGAGAAGGGACGACCAGGAUCCGACAUGGUGGUUGUUGGAAACUGGGAGCGAGAAGCUGCCGUGAUGGUGAGCUCGGUUGUUGGCCCCCUGGGACGGUGA